GUGUACUUCCGGGGCGUCCUUUUGCGCCUGCGCUGUUUGCGCUGUCUGGUAGCCUGAGGACAACAACAGGAGGAAAAAAGCGAUUCUCUUACAGCGGUUUGUUCGUGUAAAGACCUCCACUGCUCGCUGCUACCUACCAGGAUGAAUGUGGGUGUGGCUCACAGUGAGGUGAACCCGAACACUCGGGUGAUGAACAGUCGAGGGAUCUGGCUGACCUACGCGCUCGGUGUUGGUGUGCUUCACAUUGUGCUCCUGAGCAUACCCUUCUUCAGCGUGCCCAUGGUGUGGACUCUCACAAAUGUCAUUCACAACUUAGGAAUGUACGUUUUCAUGCAUGCAGUGAAAGGCACGCCUUUUGAGACUCCUGACCAAGGAAAAGCCAGACUUCUUACUCACUGGGAGCAGCUCGACUACGGCGUGCAGUUCACCUCAUCUAGAAAGUUCUUCACAAUCUCCCCAAUUAUUCUGUACUUCUUGGCAAGUUUCUACACAAAAUACGACACAACACACUUUGUCAUCAACACUGCCUCGCUUCUGAGCGUCCUGAUACCCAAGCUGCCACAGCUGCACGGAGUCAGGAUCCUUGGCAUCAACAAGUAUUAAAUAUUGUAAAUACCGUGCCUGUCAGCAACUGAAGCUAAUCCCAGUUUAGUCUGUACCGCCGAUGUGUGUACUAAGUCAUACAGUUUGUGUAACGGCCACUGUUGUCAUUUAGUAACACCAGAGGGAUGUACUACGAAGCAAGAUACUUUGAGCCUAAAGAGUUUUCGGUGUCAUGAAGGUGGCUAACUUUUGUUUUUAAAGCAGGUAACUCAGCGCCGGGCGAGGCUGCGUUCAAAGUUUGUUUAAAAUCAGCAGAUUUUCCGCUGAGAUUAUAUAUGCAAACCUGUUGAGCCGUGUGUUUGUAAUGCCACCCAAAGAAGCUGCGCAGUUAUGGUAGAGCAAACUGUCAUAGCAACAGGAGUUUACAUGCAUUAAGCUAGUGAUGCAAAAAAUACUUCAGUGAUUUUAUGUUUGUUCAUAAUUUCCUGCGGAUGUAAAGCAGAUUAUAACAUUAAUUAGUCUAAUCUUGCUUUUGAUUUGGCCAAAAACUAAAGUGUUUUUAUCCUUUGAUAUGGGACAGUGUCAGGUCUGUAAGCACUUCCUGAGUUAUGUUAGAAAUAAAUGGCAGCAAAGAGAAAAUGUUGAGUGGUGUGAUCACAAAGCUGUGCAGCUCUGCCCAUUAAAAAUCCAAACUCCUAAUUCCAAUUUAGCAUUGGCUGAUCUCCCCUUCAAGAUCAUCUCCUUGGACGCCACCGUGGUUAUUUUUAGAUCACUCCCUGGAUGUCCCGCUCUGACCUCUUGGACUUUGAUCUUCAACGCUGACUCAGAGAGCAAAUAUCAAAUUGAACUGACCCUGCUUUUGUUGUGAGGGUUCAGUAUAUGUGAGCAGAGCUGGUUCUGCAGCUAUGACUCAGAACGUCGUUGCCCAACUAGAAACAGUUCCACGCAUUUCCACCACCUUCUAGUGACAGAUUAGAAAUACUGACAUAGGCGGCAGCUGCACAUAAUUCACCAACGAUUCAGUGAUUCCGUCAUUAAUGAUUAAUUUAUUCCCACAUAAAUUACCCCAACCUCUGCUGGAAACACUCUGGAAUAAUCACUUCACAAACCUGUUGUGAUGAGCUGGGUUUUAAGAUGGAACUGCCUCUGCAGUGGUGGGAAGUAAGGAAAAGAUCACACAGAUAUAUUCACUGGAAGAGUCGACAGUGACCGAAGGCAGCAACUAGAACAGGGUUCCUAUAUAUUGUUUUUAAGAGGUAUUGAAUUAAUUUAUCUGAAAAUGUGGCCUUAAUUGGUAUUAAAAAGUCUUAAAUUGACCUUUCAAAAGUCUGAAAAAUCCUCAGGUUCAGGGAGGUAAUUUAAAAUCUUAAGUGUUCAAACCUUGCCAUGAUGGGAAGGAAGGUGCAGGGGAAAACCCCUCCUAGUUUCAGUUCAGUUCCAAGUAGUUCUGACCUACAUUGUUUACCUGCAUAGCUUCGCUUUUUGCUCAACAAAAACACCACAAGAUAAAUAACUUGUGUCUACAGCAAUAAAAUCCCUAUCUAACUUAAACUGUGGAGGCUUCCCCGGCUUUCCCUCUCUCAGUCGUGGGGUUUUUGCUUCCUGGAGUCAGAUGUCCUGCGGCCUAUGAGGCAGAACAGAAGACAACUCGAGCUGUACAGAGCACAUGGGCAUAGCUUUCAUGUCAGAAACGUGAAGCCAGUGCAUUAGUGCCUUAAACCUGAAGUCUUUUCAUGGCCGGCUCCUCUGGUUGUCAGAUUGAAUAGAAGUAUGUUGAAAAAUGACCCUUUUUUUUCCCCUCGAUCCAUCCACUCGGUAAACUUUUCUAAUGAUUUUAUGAUCUCGGUCGCCAGUUUCAACUCUGAUUUAAAACAACAUGCAGUUAAUUUUGUAAAUUAUGCUCCUCAUCAGUCAAAAAGGAUGAUAAAGUAGGCCAUGGCUAUGUGAAUGACAAGCUAAAGGGAGUAUAUAACAGAUCCGGCCUGUGCUCACGGCGCCUGGUUUCAUAAAACUGAGAUGGUAACAGCAAACACUGGCGUUGGCGUUGCUGUCUACCACAAAUUAAAAUCAAAGUUAAAAAGUUGCUAUUUGGACACUUGAUCACUUCCAUGGAGUGAUCAGAAAUCAGCAGAGGUGGAUGAGGAGGUGACAUCAAAGGGGAAAUUAGAUCAAAUUAAAAUCCGUGUACUUUUGUAUUAACUUCCAUAUUUAUAAGAGUUUCUUUCUGGCCUGAUGUUUGGCCGGAGUAAUUCUCUUAAAGUCUUGAUUGCCCACGUUGCCCAGCAGCUCAUUUUAUGGGUCCAUGCACACAGUCUGGAUUAACAGAUAUCACCUUCAAGAUGCCCGUCGUCUCUGACAGGAAGCCCGGCUGUGUCUAGCUUGCUUCGUGUUGCGCCCCUCUGGUUUAAGAUGCAACGUCUGUAGAUGACAGGAUGCCAUAUGCAUUACUAACUUCCGUGAAUAUUUCAUGUGUUUUCGGCCUGUGUCGACCCGGGCUGGCCCAGGCGUCAGUGAGGCUUUCGGUUGAGCUUAAUUUUCUUUCUUUCUUUGCUCUCAGCUCACACACAGUGACGCAAAUUGUGUUUCCAGCCACAAAGAUGUUGCAAAUGUAUUUUUCAAAUAUGUUUACUUUGUGAGGGUAGGAGCCCGUGGCUCGCUGUUUACCGGUACACUCUGGUUUUGUAACGGGUGUCGGACUUUUUCAUGCUGUGUGAAGAACAGAAUCGAGCUCUUCCUGCGCAUGAUUUCCUUUGUAUGUGAAUCAUUUGUAACCAAUCAAAACAGAGCUGGCUUUUUUCCAUUGUAGUUAUUAUUUUUUGUGUGUUUAUGUGUUAUGUUCUUUAUGUAGCAAUGAGACAGAUUAUUGUUGUCAGAUUAAAUGUUUAGUGAGGGAGCUCCACAGUGUCUUUGUGAUGAACUUACACUCAUGUAGCUGCUCUCUUCAGGUUUUGACUUUUUUGCUAUAAUCAAGGCAGCUAGUCCUGCUUUGUUUGGCCAUAGCUCGUAGUACGUGGUAUUUCUGGUUCUUAAUCUUAUUAAAAUGUUUGCCCUCCA